UGGUAGUCUCGGUCAGUGCCCCACAUCACCGAGAAACCCCAAAUUGAGUGGGCGAAAAGCGUUCAUCGCAGUAAUCGCACCUUGACAAUCUUUAUUCUAAACCAUCUGAGCAGGUUUUUUUUUGUGCGAAUCCUCCACAUUACAGUCUCGCAGGUUAAUCUGAGGGGAAACGUCAACAGCGGUACGAUUUGCGAAUUCAGACACUAGACACUGCUCAGCAAAUUCCCUCUUCCAGAAUACAUCGGGAAUAUCCCUCCCACGACCUAUCGCGAUGGCACCCUCGGCGGAAAACCACAGUCGGUCACAUAGCCUCUUGCUAUUCCAGAAGCUUCUCAAUCUUAGGGAUGGCGCGAGCCCUUUGACCUUGGUGCUGGACAGCCUCGAGCAAGGCGCCGCACCAGUCCUUCGGGAAUUCGUCUCUAGAGCCAAGAUUGCAAAGGCCAAGGUAAUUCUACUCUCUUUCGCGACGCUCAAACGCCCACGCGGCGUGGACGUCGUCGUCAGAGCCCGCGGCAAAAACCUCAAGGCCCUGAGAGCAGAGAUAUUGUCACAUUAUCCCAAGAUGGACCCUACGGCAGCCAAGGGUGCGCCUCCAUCUCAGAAAACGGUAGUCCUGCUCGACUCCCUCAAUGAGCUCGCCACAGCGGCGCCGCAGAUCCUUCUCAGCUUCCUCUCCAGCAUCAUCAUGCCCGCCGUGUCGCUGGUGGCCGUCUACCACACCGACGUGCCCCUCGUCCUCCCGCGCGCCGUGAGCGAGUACGAGCCGCACCCGCUGACGGUGCUCUCCCACCUGGCGACCUCGAUCCUGCGGCUCUCGGGCCUGCGGCAGGAGAUUGAGCGCCAAAAGGCGCGGAACAGGAGUCUGCAGGAACCCGAGUGGGGGCUGGGGGAAGGGCGGGAGGGCGUCCUCGUCGGGCUCAAGGGCGACGUCAAGUCGGAGGACUAUCAAGGCGUCGUGGUCGAGAUGGAGGUCAGGAGGCGCAGCGGGCGGGCCAUGGCGGAGAAAUUUGUCAUUUUGCCGCAGAAGGGACAGCAGGCCUCUUCUUCCGCCGCUUCUACUGCUGCAGCAAAGGGGUCAAGGAUUUUUCUCCUUGCGGAGCACCCCGUUUUCGCCGCCCCUGAGGGUUCUGGAGAGGCAGAAGCAGGUAACGGGGAGGAUGAGGAGCCGGAGAGCACGUUCAACCUGGGUCUCACAGAGAAGCAGCGAAGGGACAGAGAGGGCAUCGUUCUUCCUUACUUUGACGCCCAAACGGACAUAGGGGCUGGUGAGGGUGGUAGGAUCCUGUAUGAGAUGGGUAGGGAGGAUGACUUUGAUGACGAGGAGGACGAGAUUUAGGCUAACUCACUGCUGAGGCAAGACACGCUCUAACGAUUAUGAGACUUCCUCUUCCCAAUGGCAACAUGAAAGUGACGUAUUCCUGAGGCAUCUGGAGAGCGGACAUGAAGGGCGAUUUGUUACGAAGGGACUUAGGCGAGGUGAAUGUAAGCUAGGUACCUUAGGCACCUUAGCCAGGUAUCAUCACAGAUUGAGGCCAAUGCUAGGCAACUGAGGUUAACCUGAGGUAAGGUAGUGGCUCGCCUUCCUUCCCCACUGAGGCCAAAAUAUCAAACGGAAGGAAGCAGCGUCCCGCGGCUGCCUCCCAUCACCAGGCAUCAACCACCCGACAGUUGAACUCACCAAUCAAGAAAUUCG